CCAGCCCUUUACACAACGGCGACACGACCAUCCGGGUGUAGUUUUGCAUCCGUGCUGUUGUAAGUCGCAGUUUUUCGUUGAACUGCGCUGAACCUGUUUUGCAGAUACAGUCAGACGUAUCUGCCAUCAUGGGAAUCAAAUUUUUGGAAUUCGUUAAACCGUUUUGUGCGGUCCUUCCAGAGAUCUCAAAGCCAGAUCGAAAGAUCCAAUUCAGGGAAAAAGUAUUAUGGACAGCCAUCACUUUAUUCAUCUUUCUUGUAUGUUGCCAGAUUCCCCUGUUUGGAAUAAUGUCGUCCGAUUCAGCCGAUCCAUUUUACUGGAUGAGAGUCAUUCUUGCUUCCAACAGAGGUACCUUGAUGGAGCUUGGUAUUUCACCCAUCGUAACAUCUGGAUUGAUCAUGCAACUAUUAGCUGGAGCAAAAAUUAUUGAAGUUGGUGAUACUCCAAAAGACAGAGCACUCUUCAACGGAGCUCAGAAACUGUUUGGUAUGGUGAUCACAGUUGGACAAGCCAUUGUUUAUGUGAUGACAGGAAUGUAUGGUGACCCUGCCGACAUUGGCAUGGGUGUCUGCAUGCUCAUCAUUAUUCAGCUGUUUGUGGCUGGAUUAAUCGUGCUUCUCCUCGAUGAACUGCUCCAGAAAGGAUAUGGGUUAGGCUCCGGUAUCUCACUGUUUAUUGCCACAAACAUCUGUGAAACCAUUGUUUGGAAAGCAUUCAGUCCUGCAACAGUCAACACCGGUAGAGGCACAGAGUUUGAAGGAGCUGUGAUUGCCUUAUGUCACCUACUGGCCACAAGAAGUGACAAGGUGCGUGCCCUCAGGGAAGCUGUCAACAGACAAAACCUGCCUAACUUGAUGAACCUCAUGGCUACAGUGUUUGUGUUUGGAGUUGUCAUUUACUUCCAGGGAUUCCGAGUGGACUUGCCAAUCAAGUCUGCCCGUUACCGUGGACAACAGAGCUCUUACCCCAUCAAACUGUUCUACACUUCCAAUAUUCCCAUUAUUCUGCAGUCUGCUCUCGUAUCAAAUCUUUAUGUCAUCUCGCAGAUGUUGGCCACUAAAUUUAGCGGAAAUUUCUUUGUGAAUUUAUUGGGAGUGUGGGCUGAUGUUGGAGGUGGUGGCCCUGCCAGGUCCUACCCUGUUGGAGGUCUGUGUUAUUACUUAUCUCCGCCGGAGACAUUUUCACAUAUAGCAGAGGAUCCUAUACAUGCUGUGUUAUACAUCAUCUUUAUGUUAGGAUCCUGUGCGUUUUUCUCCAAGACAUGGAUUGAUGUAUCAGGAUCAAGUGCUAAAGAUGUUGCCAAACAACUUAAAGAUCAACAGAUGGUCAUGAGGGGUCACAGAGACAAGUCUAUGAUCCAUGAGCUGAACCGAUACAUCCCAACAGCUGCUGCAUUCGGAGGUCUGUGUAUUGGAGCUCUGUCUGUCCUGGCUGAUUUCCUUGGAGCCAUUGGGAGUGGUACCGGAAUCCUGCUGGCUGUCACCAUUAUUUAUCAGUACUUUGAAAUUUUCGUAAAGGAGCAGAGUGAAAUGGGAGGAAUGAGCACAUUGUUGUUCUAAAUAACGAAAUUGACAUUUUAAUAACAGAUUGAUAAUAAGUCAAUUACCUACAUGCUGAACAUGUAGAGUAAAGCUGCCAUAAGAAGACUGUGGUGUCAUACUUGCACAAUCCUGACUCCAUAUUUGAGCAUUUCAUCUGGGGAUGAUCAACAUCCAGUACUUAAUAUAUGAUCUGCAGUUAAUUAUACUGGUUUUAAAAACUUCAUAAGAUUUAUGUGUUGUUUAAAAGACUUAAAGAAAAAGAUGAAAUGUUGCACAGUAUGGCUACGUAUGAUAAAUGAAUUAAUUAAAGGAAUUAUAUGACAGACUGGCAGCUUUAAUAAAAUAAACCGUUUUGUUAUAAUCGCAGGCAUUUAAUAGAAAGUGAUAAGAAAUAUGUACAAUCACAAAUAUCUGCAUCGUGUAGAAACCUCAAGAAAAUAAGUAUUUCUGUGACAGAAAAUAUGUAUAUUAGGUUCUUUUUUAAGAAACAAAGAAAAUAAGUAGUCGUUUCAUAUUUAUAUUUUAUUCAUCAAGGACAACGUUGAACACUUUAUUUCCUAUCUGCUCUGGGUUUUGGUGACUUGAGUUGAGAAAUUGAAUGUAAGAAGAGAAAGUGACUGUGAAAAUGCAGGAUGUUUUACCUUUAGUCAUUCAACAUUAAAUGUCCUCUUGAUGUUGU